AUGGUAAACCCUGCAGCAGAUCGCUCUUCAAAGCAGACGCUUGUCAGCGACUUUUCAGGUCUUGCAGUCAUCCGGAGUGGCUCCCCAACCAGAACCAGCAGCAGAUGGCCUGGCGGCUCGAAAAGAAGAUGUGGGCAGUCCUGGCAGUCCCAGAAUGUGCAGAUUGAGGGGCUCGGGUCUUACGUCCCUAAGAAGACAGUGAGCGUCAGCGACAGCGUUCAGAUGGCAGUCGACAGAAGAGGCCCGGAGAUAGACGAAGCGCGUCUCGCCCGUCUGCUGAGGAAGUUGUACAAGAACCUGGGCUCCGUCUCUCGGCAGUGGUCCGAAGAUCCAGUUACAGAUCGCCCAGUCAACUGGCUGAUAGAGGCGUUCUCGCAGGCGCUGGACUCUGCCAGCUGGCAGCGUACCGAUGUUGACGUCAUCAUACACACGGGCAUCGUCAGAGGCGUCAUCGAACCUUCGGCCGCGGCCGUCUACUCCAACCUCCUUGGAACCUUCCGAGCCCAGGGAGCGCAACUUGCGGAUGCCUUGAUUAAGACAGGGUCCGCCAAGAAGGUCGCGCUCAUCUCCACUAUUUCAUCCAACUGUCCAUACCUGACGGAAAGCUACAAGAUCACCUCGUGGGACCAGAUCGGUUACAAGGUCGCCGGAAUGACCGUCGGCUCAGCAGCUUCCGUCACUUUGAUCGGCGGGGGCCACGAACAAGACUGGGGGCUGAAGGUCACGCGAAUCCACGACUCCUCACAAGUCGCACUCUGCAUGAUCAACGAGCCGAGCACUACGCGCCACCUGGGGCUGGAUUCCGUCGUUCCGCAGGAGAUCAAGGACGACUACCUUUCCGAUGGUAGUACAGACGCACAAUUCUACAGCCUUGGAUCGGAGCUUUUUGCCUUACAGCUGGGAUGGUUCGGAGACGUUGUGAGACAGGCCUUGGCUGGAGAAACGGAAGCUGACGUGGGCGAAGUCGUCAUGACCCACUCUGCCAUGGAGCGCCAGUACGCGGACAUCUUGAAGGACAUCGGAAUUGAGGACCGGCAUUUUAACAUCCACGCAAAGAAUGGGAAUCUGGCGGACAACACGGCGCCCGUUGCUCUCAAACAAGCAAUCGAGGAGGGAAGAGUCAAGGGCGGCAUGCGAGUCUCUUACCUGGGCCAAGCGUCGGGCGCGAGUACUGCCCUUGCAAGCUUCACUGCUUCCGAUAAGCUGGUGGCAAAACUUGGCUCGGCCCAGAACCGGCCUGAGCUAGCCACGUCAUGA